AUGGAAAAUGACGACUGUUUCUAUCUUUAUAAUUCACCCUCAUCCACUUUAUGAGCAGAACAAAGACUGAAUUUGGUAUGUGAGAGUUGUUUAUUGUCCAUGAAUCCUAAAUAGAAAUUCUGUCUGUUGUUUUUUUAUUAUGCAAAUAUUUCUCUAGCUCUUCCCGCUGGUUUGCCCAUCCAAAUAUUUUCACUGCAUUUCAAUGACUCCUCUGUCAAACAUUUGCAUUGCAUGAUUGUACAAGAGGCUGCUCCAGUGUGCAGUGCUGAUAACAUAAAAAAUAAGAAAGAAUCUUUGAAAGUGCUUGUUAUCAGGGGAAAAACUGGGUUAGGCUAAUGAGCUUUCUCUGGCUCAGGCUAUCAUCCUUCAGCAAAUUCUCUGAAAGCUGCUUGGGGUAACGGGCUCUGCGUACAUUAGACACAUUAAUCUCCUGCUUGGCUUUCUAACGGUGAAGAAUUGUCAAAAAAGAAUGGGAAGUUUGUGGGUUUUCAGCCACAUGAUUUUGUUAUGGCGUGUUUAUUCUAUUUUCUACCUCCCACUUGGCUGUCUGAGAGGAACCAGCCGCAGAUGAACGGUAUAAAGGUAACCGACUUGCUCUGUGAACAAAGUGUCUCCAUGGGGAAAUACGUUUACAAGCCUAUUUUAUAACUACUGUAUGUAUAUGUCUUUGUGCUAUUAUUAACAUUCCUUGUCUCUCUUAAAUGCUUUCAAAGAAUUAUCAGGAGUUGACCAAAGCAUGUUUGAGAACUCGAGUGCAGGUGAGCAGCUGAAACAGGGAUUGAAGCUGAGCUCCAUCUCUGGUCGCCGUGACUUCUCCUCUACAGUGGGCCAAAAAAGCAGCACACCCCUGAAGAACCUGGGUAAAGCCAUGGGGGCCAAAGUCAACGACCUACUGCGACGCAAAGAACCCGGCAGCCUGGGAGACAUUGGUGUUACGGAGGUCAACAAAAACGUAGGAGCAGUGUGGUCCAGCCACAAAGUGACUGCUAACAGCCACAUUCCAAUGGACUCAUUCCCUCGCUUGGAUCCUCCACCUCCCAACAACAAGAAGCGUCUCCCUCGCGCUUUGAAGACCACACAGGAAAUGAUGAUCUCCUCUGACCCUGUGGUGGCCUCUCCAGAGGUCUCGGACUCCUCCUUCCAGUCCUCCCCAGAAAAGAUCCACCAAGUCAAAGUGCCCAAGCAACCUGAAGUGCCUGCAGAUCUCGAGAAACCCUCAGAAACUGAUAAUGUUCUGGGGAACAGUUCGGGGGUGAAAGGCCAGUCUGCUGAUAUGGAGGACAUUCAAACAGCAGAUGAGCGUAAGGAACACGGCACCGUGGAUGAAGGCCAGUCACACAUGCUGCUUUCUGUUCCUGACCUGAUCCACAAAGAUAGCCUAGAUCUCAAGCAGAAACUGAGCAGCUCCGAGAGUAGAAUGGCGUCCACAACACAUCCAGGGAAAGGAGACCGUCACAUCAGCAUGAGCGAGGCAGGGCUACUUCAGAACGGCUCAGUGGAACACAUGAGAAGCUCCAGCGGGGACAACGAGGAACCACACCCAGACCUGCUUUCAUUUGAGUAGAAACAUGUUUGAGAAGUCAUGAUGUUCAUUCUGAUCAAUCCAAUCUCCUCCACAGAAGUGUUCUCUGUGAAAUGUUGGUUUUGCUAAAAAAAGGCAGUCUCUGAUUAUUGUUGAAGAAAACUGCAGACCUUAAGGGAACCAAGCAAAAGUGGAAUUAUGAUCAUGACUUCAUCAGCAUAUCUGUUAACCACUGUAUUUUCAGCAUAUGCACUAUAACGUGUUUAUGCUUCACUUUAUGUAUUACUACAUACAUAUCCUGAAUAUUUUAGUCUUAUUUCUUUUAUUUUAUUAAUGAAAUCACUACUUUAGAUUUUUAUAAGCUUUUUCUGCACCUGUCUAUACGUCUAGCCAUUUCUGAGAUUCUUAUUUUUGUGCAUUGUAUACUAAAUAAUUCAAACAUCUCAUCACUACAAACCAAAGUGAGAACAUUUUAUUUGCUGUAGUACUUCGAAAGCAGUGUAUGUUCUCCAGAUCCUGUUUCCAUGUAACUACACCAUGUAGAGAGCCUUAAUAUCACCACAGUGCCACACAAUUUCAUUCAAUUUUAAGAAACCAUCAUCCUUUAGUUUAGUACGGUAAUCAUAAGAGGACUUUAUUUUCUCAUGAUCGUGGACCGUUAUGGUACAAAUUGUUAUGGUUAAUUAUCCUUAAUGAUGCUUCUAGAACGUGCUCUUGUGCCGAAUACACAGAAAAAUGAAUUACUGGAAUGUUCUUGACGCAGCAUCAUGGAUAAUACGCGGACGUAUGGACGUAUCAUAUCCACGAUGCUGCCACUAGAACAUGCUUUCAUGCCGAAUACACAGAAAAAUAAAGUACUGAUCUUGAGAAAAGAAAGAAUAAAUAACGCAUGACCUCUUAGGACUUCCUUAGUUUAGUGCUUUAUUAACACAAAUUAAACAUUAGCCAUUUGCUAUCCAAAUGAUUGCUUACAUUUUGUAAUAAAAUCGUAUGUAAUAUUUUACAUAUCACCGUAACUGUUCAAACUUUAAUGCGUUUCAUCACUUGACACUCUCAGAAUAAUGAAAACUAGGCUAGGUCGACUGGUAAAUGAAAUGAAGUGAAAAGGAUGACCCGUGUGCACUCCCAAAGCUACUCAUAGUAUUGAAUAAUGGCACACAGGCUGAGAUUUUUUUUGUUUUUUGUUGCUCCUCUAUGAAGGCCUGAUGGUGACAUCCCUGUUAAAUAAUGCAUGACCAUGACAUAUUAAUGCAUUAGACUCUCUCCACUGCUACCGGUGCAAGUCAGGGGUUUUGUAACAGUCAUAUUACUGCUGUUUAGAGCACUUUAAAUUACAUCUUUGUCGGGCAUUAUAAGAAUAUAAUAAAUAUACACAGACAACCUAUAAACUUUAUAUUAAUCUCUACAGAAUUUCCCAGGCUCUAUUGAAAAAAGGUGGAUUGCCUACAAGCAGGCAACUCUGGAGUGAAACCCCCACCCUCAGUGUCAGUUCCAAAGAUGUGUGUACCAUCAGUCUGAUAGAAGACGCUUGAAAGGUGAGAAGGAUGCAUAAACGUAGGGGCUGAAUUAUCAGAAAAGUUGUUAUGGUCUUUUCAAGUGAUUAACAUAGUGAUUAUGGUAAAUGGUAGACAGUAUGUCUGAUGGAACUAGGAAGUAAGACCUGUGUUUGUCUAACCAAAGCAUGGGCCAGUUAGCAGGCUGCUCCGUAAGUCUGACUAUCCAGAGAAGGGAGGAGAGAUAAAGCAGGGCAGAAUGAGGCCCAGGACUAUGAGAGUAGAAUUUGUGAGAGACGAUUUGCAGCACAGAGCUUCGAAUGCUGCUGCUGAGUGAUGGCUGGUUUGAAGGAAAGGCGCCAAUGAGGCACAAGAACAGCACCGAUGGUAAGCACCAAUGAUUUUGUAUCUCCACUUAAACCGUAGUGCUUUUGAAUUCUGAUUCUGAUGGGACAGAAGGUGUUGAUUGUUUGUUUUAUCAUAAACAGCAGCUUUAGCAGCAUACAUUAGUGUUCUAUUUAUGUGCAAGAAAGUGCACAACUUUUAAAGUCUUCAGUAAGUUGGCUUUGGAAGGAGUCUCCAGUGUCAAUGUUUUGUAAGUCUUUAGAGGAAGGAUUUUGCAGUUUCUCAGUACCGAAUACAACUUUUCUUUUCGUGUGCAUUUGUUUUAAGAGACAAGACGAGAGGGAACAACUGUUUAUAGCUGCUAUAACAAAGAAAAAACACAAAGAACUACCUUCAUUUGCAGACGUUUCAUAAAUAUUGCAUACAUACAUUCAUUCAUAAAAUCUACAUUUUGUUUUUUAAUAAAUAUUUUAAAAAUAUAUUGCUGUUAUUGGAAAAUACUCAUUUGCUUUGCAUCCCACAGCCCACCAUUAUUACUGAUUAUUUUCCUAUAACAGCACAAUUCCAGAUGUUUUAUUCCCAGUCUGAUUUCCCUUCAGACUUCCAUGAUCCUGUAGAACUUCCGUGAUCCUGGAACGUUAUCCCAAUGCUACAGAAGCGUUUUAUGCUGUUUUAUGAGGGACAUCAUGCAAUGCUUAGCAGUACAUUUAGAAUAUGCGCAAAUGUAAUUUUAUAUGAUGAGGUGAAGAGCAGAGGAACUCAAACAGAACCCAAAUGUAAUGCUUUUCGUCCCCUUUUGAUCCACAGUUCUUUUAUAACCCCUUUUUUCCUGCUAUUUUAUAAGAAUGAAAAGAUUUGUGGAAAAAAAAAACAGGUCAAACUAAUGAAAAGAAUUACAUAAGUGUUCUGUUUGAGUGAUGGAUUUAUUUUUCGGUUCAAACUGUCCUUCAACAUAAUGGAAAACUUCAACCUCAAUACAUGAUGUCACACAAUUCUGUGUUUCUCUUGCUGGAUUUGCUACUCGGUCAUUUAUUGAAAUGAAAUUUUUAUUCAAUGAAUAUCAAUACCUAUACAUGUAUAUAUGCGGGGGUCAACUAAAACAAAAUAUUAAAACAAAUUUUAAUCAGAUUUGAAGAUGAUUAUUGUAACGGGAAUGUAUUAAAAAAAAAUAGUUAUUGUAUUUUUUCUUUAGAUUUUUUUUUUUUCUUUUUGUUUUUUAAACCAUCACAUCUCUCACUUUAAUAACGAUUUAAAUGAAGGAAGGGAAAUGUUGAAGGAAUGUUGUGUUUGUGAAGGUUUUAUGAGCACAAAAAAAAUUUAAUAAAAUACAAGACCUCAAAUAGUAGAGUUUCUAUUAAAGACAUUUUUCAGAAUAAAGCUUUGUAUGUUUCUUCUUAAUGCAGCUGUUCUUCAGGAAAUGGUUCGGUCCAUUAGUGCAACAAACUGAUCGGAAUGUAAGCGAGUUUGCGUUGCAAUAUUUUGUACGACAAAAAUGCAAUAUGAUGUUUAAUCCUGCUUUCACCAUCUGUGUUCUCAAUUCAGAUGCUGUCACAUGACAAGCUGUUUUUAAAUAGCUUCAGGCAGAUGUGAAAUAUUUUAUCUCUGGAAGCAGGAGGUUUAUUAUAUAAGGUUGCAUUAAAAAGCUGUUAUUUGUUUGAUCUUUGGAUGUGAUGUUUUUGUAUGUUGUGUAAAAUGCAGCUGUAUGAAUCAGCAUUAAUGAAUCUCACAUUCUCAACAUUUGCUACUAUUAAAUUCCAUUGUAUUUGUUUUACUGCUUUUAUUAUUGGAAAUUGUCCCAAAGCAGCUUCACAGAAGGAAAUAGAUUCUGAAUAAAAAGUUUUCUAAAUAUAAA